AUGGCGAGCGGAAGCAGCAGCUCAAGCUCACGCCCAAGGCCGAGGUUUCAACUCGGCUGGCAACGGUUCAUACCGUUUCUGGGUUAUCACCAUGUGUUGAUGAUCUUGAUUGCCGUUGCCAUUAUCUUGCUAUCGUUACUGCUAGCAGGUUGUUCAUCGUCAUCACCGCUUAUCCCGGACAUCUUCCUCCUCUCGCUAUACUACCAGAAGUAUCAGCCUACGCCCGACACAGCGCAGGUAGACUACAACGCCUACACUGCCAUUGCCAAUAUUGCCGGUGGUGCUAGUCUGCAGGCCCGAGUUGGCUACUUUGGUAUCUGUGUUAAUCCCGACGGUGGCUCAUGGCUGUGCAGUAACAAUGCCACGGCUCUGGCCAAGGAGGUAUCUGUUGAUCAGGAUCCGCUCAACUUGAUCUGGCUCGCUGGCCAGUUCAAGGAUAUGAUUGUGUUUCCAUACCUGAUUAUUAUUGCCAUCAUCUUCGCCUUUCUCUGCCUUCUCUUGUUGGCCACGUUUCCUGGCUGGCACGAGGAGGAAGACUCUGAAGGUUCCGAACGCGAAGUCAAGCCCUUCCCUUCCCGAGCUGUCUCGCAAAUCGCACUCGCCAUCAUCUUCAUCUCGUCCAUCUUUAUCCUGGUGUCCGUCCUGUGGCAACAUACUGCGUCCGUAGCAGCGUCCGUCAUCGCCCAAGACUUUGGCAACGGCUCCGUAAAGAGUGGCGUGGGAACCAGCGCCAUGGUACUGGGUUGGUUCUCGUUCACAUUGCUCAUCAUUGUCACAAUUGGUCUCCUCGUCAUGAUAUUGAGUAUGCGCGUCCUAGGGCAGCUGAUGCGGGACUAA